CUGUGACUGUUGCCAAGCAUGUCUCUCUGUUGACUGUUAAUUCGAGCGGAGAGAGAUUGUUUAGAAGAAAAGAAGUAAAUAAGUCGGAAACGUGCAGGAAGCAAAGUUAAAUCGAAGCCAUUUUGCUUAGUGUUUUGGGCCGCCUAGGGAACUCGUGAUCCGUCAAACAAUGAUGGUAACUUCAAGGCGACCUCGCUACAACGAAACACGGCAAUUUAUGCAAGAAGUUCGCCAUCCCAAGAAGUCUCAUGGCUGUAUGGAAUUUCGCGAGAUUACUCUGAAGGACCCUGUCGUAGAUCCCGAGUGGAUAUUUCACCAUCCACGCUUUAGAGCCGAAAAAGUCACACAUAGCAUGAAAGUCACUCCUAGCGACGGACUGAUGGGCAGUAAGAAGAUUUAUAGACGCGUUCCUAGCGCGUGUGGAGAGGUACGUUCCAAACUUAUCUGUGAACGAAGGGAGGGAGUGGGAAACAAAACGUCUCGACACUUUUGCGAAUUACUAGGCCCUAAUCUGUGUAAGGAAUGCUGGAAGCUUGUGCAAAGAAUGGAAGCUUUUAAAGAACACCGCGACAGUUUUCCUAGCGAACUGAAAAGAUCUGAAAAAUUUAAGGACCCUUUUAGCCAAGUGAUAUCCUCGCAUGAUCGCAAACUCGAAGAAAAUGACAGCGAAGAAGAGCUUUUCGAUGAGACAGAGGACGAGGAAUUUAUUUCAACGACGAUUUCCUCAAGGAAACGAAGCACGAUAACUUCUCCAAACGACAGUGGCUAUUCAAGCCGAAUGAGUUAUAUUCUAAGCCUCAGUAGGACCCCCUCAGGCGACGUAUGUCCUCGCGUGACUUCACGUUCCCGUUGUACACGCGGAGGGGCAAGGGUCCCUGACGACAAAAGGGAAAUUUCUCCAAAAAACACCGAGGUGUUUACGACUCCUAUUUGGAAAAACGCCUACUUAGCUAAACUGCGCGAAAGAGAACCAUUCAGAGAAAUUUUGACGAACACGCUUCACUUUCCCAGAAAGGUGAGACACGCUUGGCGACAUUUACCGGUCGAGCCAGUCCUUAUGGAUUUGAAAUUGAUUAAUUUUACCAUAUACGACGGCAGAAGACUCAACGGAAAAGAGGAUACCGAAACUUCAAAGUAAUUAAAUCACAACAGUAAACCAAAGAAAUUGUACAGGGAAAUUCACAGAGAAACUGCAUUAUUAUUAUUGGUAUUUUUAGUAUUAUUAUUAUUAUUAUUGUUGUUGUUGUUGUUGUAAGACGACAGUAAGAACCGAAAAACAGCCAGCAUAAAUGGAACUGUAAUAUAUGCUUGAGGAAAAUCUCUA